AUGACCCCCGAAUUUAGACUUAUGCUCCUGCUAGCGAUUUUUUGCUUUCCGUUCAAGUCCAUCAAAGCCACGAAACACAGUACCAACAUCAUCUUUAGCGGUAUCACAAGCUUCAUCAAGAACAUCGGGGGCACCUUCAGUAAGUUCAGCAGUUACAAGGGAUACAAAAAGUUCUGUUGUUACAAAAGAUUCAAAAAGUCCCGUAACAGUAGUAAGCGGAACGGCAGUACCAGGACCGGUAUCCGCUUUGAAACCUGGAAAACCUUUGACCUCCCCAAGUGA